CGACAAAACACCCAUCUCCCUUGUUCCCAUGCAAGGCCAACCGCCAGUGUAAUUUUUUCCAAAUCCAAGCAUCUUCUUCUUCCUCGGCAUGCAUAUAAACCCAUUCUCUCCCCAGUUCUCUGCUCUGAGUAUAUCUCAUUUUCCUCUCUCAAAAUCUGCAUAUCAUUUUUCGCAAUGCUAAGGUCCGUUUUGCCGUAGGUGCUCCUUUGCGCCACCUCCCACCUAUCUUUAUCCCUGACCGAUGGGCUGUUAGGUAAUGGGGAUUUCGAGCUGGGAUCAAAAAAAUCAGACCUCAAUGGCACCGUGGUGAUUGGCGACCUUUAUGUAAUUCCAUAAUGGGAAAUUUUGGGCUUUUUAGGGUACAUAAAAUCAGGGCAGAAGCAAGGAGACAUGCUGGUGGUGGUCCCAGAGGGUGUGUUUGCAGUGAGGCUAGGGAACUAGGCGUCCAUGAAACAGAGGCUGAAUAUGACCAAGGGGAUGCACUAGUACAUGCAUACUAGUCCCACCCAUUGCUGCUGGGCACCGUUUGAAUGGGCAGCACGCCGGAAUCAGGCGCUACCGACACGUUCAGCAUUGACGGUGUCCAGCAGCAAUGGACGGUACUCGUAUGCAUGGGCGUUUCAGGCACCGAGUGAUGUGACAGAGAUUGUUAUUCAUAAUCCGGAAGUGGAGGAGGAUCCGGCUUGUGGACCACUCAUUGAUGAGGUUGGAAUCAGGACUCUUUAUCCCCCUAGGCUAACUAACAAGAACAUAUUGAAGAAUGGAGGGUUCGAAGAAUGUCCGUACAUCUUCCCCAACACUUGUUGGGGAGUGCUGCCACCCAACAUCGAGGACGAUCACUCUCCACUGCCAGGAUGGAUGGUGGAAUCCCUCAAAGCCGUUUAGUACAUAGACACCGCUCCCUUUUCGGUCCCACAGGGGCCGCAAGCGGUGGAGCUCGUGGCUGGAAAAGAGAGCGUCAUGGUCCGGAUCCCAAGAACCAUUCCGGACAAAUCUUACACUCUCUCAUUCUCCGUGGGGGACGCCAAACAACGCCCGUGAAGGGUCCAUGAUCAUGGAGGCGUUCGCCUGUAGGGAAACAAUCAAGGUCCCUUACGGGUCCAAAGGAAAAGGAGGUUUCAAGUGCGCCGUGCUCCGGUUCAAAGCGGUGUCCACAAGGACCCGCAUCAUGUUCCUAAGUACGUUUUACAACAUGAGAAGGGAUGACUUCUCGUCGCUCUGUGGGCCAGUUGUUGACGAUGUGAAACUGUUGAGCGUCCAGAAACCCUGACUUGCCAAUAAAGCCACGCCGGACAAAGUGAGAAUGACGAGCCCGACGGAGCGAGGGUUAAAAUUCAUUGCCAGUCUAAAUUAAUUAACAUACAGUAU